UUCAAUUCAGUUUGAUUUCAACGCGCUCAAACGAUUGAAGUGAUUUGGAAAAUUUUGACGAUUUAGAUUUUUUUAUUUUCAUAAGAAAAAAAUCAUACGAAAAAAAAUUCUAUUGUGUAUUUUAAUUUAAAUUAGCACACUCAGUGUCUAUUUAUGACAAUCCAUUGACCAUUUCAAAAAAGCAGAAAAAAAAAACACACAGAAAGUGAGUGCAAACUUCUCCAACUGAGAGAGACACAGCAUCAUCAACGCCUGACUGAAAAUAGUCCUUGCUGAGCGCUACAAAUAUUUCUUAUUCCAAAAACAAACAAUCUUCUGUUCGUGCACUCUUUCUCUCUCUCUCUCGCCAGAACUCUCUCUCUUUCUCUGAAUGUCCUUACGACAUUUUAUCAGUGCGCGCGCAUAGUAAACCUCAAAAAAGUGGCAUGAAUUAAGUGUGAACAUAAAAAAAAAAUAAAUUCAUCUACUGAGACGAGAAACCAAAAGUGAAUAAACGCUAACAAAACAACAAAUAAGAAAAGAGUGAAUGAAUUUUCGCAUAUUUACUGUACUCGUAUUCACCACAGUUUGUAUUUGUUCCUGAAUUUAUUCAACACAUAAAGCUUACGCUAACCAGCAAUCUAUAGCAUCGCCUGUGGCAUCCUUUUUACCACAUUCCAUACAACAACAAUUCGUACGGCAACAAAAAGAAAAACAACAACAUCAACAACAACAAUAUUUGCUAGCACAAAAGAAAGAAUUCAUGUGUGUUGCGCAGUUUCCUUACCACUUGCCACAUCACAUUUAUCGCAGUGGCAUACACGAAAGGCGUUGAAAAAAAGAGCAGAUUAAACUGAUACUCAGGGCAACAGUUGCUCGCUAACGACAACCAUCAUCAAAUAAAACUGGGCAUUCCAAUUAAAAUCAAAAUAGAUUUCUUCUUGGCUAAUAGUUCACCAUCAAAUCUGCACACCAAUCGACAGCUACAACAACAGCAACGGCGUUGGGCAACGAAGAAGCCAACACGCAGUACACGCACUGCGAAACGGGCUAGCAACGCCGCUGUCGCCGCCGCUAAGGCCAGAAAACCGACACCGCUAGAGGCCGAACAACAAAAGCAGCAACAACAAUUGCAAAAGCAAACACAGCAAUCAAAGCGGCAACUAUUUGUUAAAAUGAAUCUGCUAAUGGUCUGUGUACUGCUGUUGGUGGCAUUAAUCUGCCAGCCAACAUUGAUUUAUGGUCUUAGAGGUGGCCACCACUCGGCUGCGGGUACCAUCAGCCAGAAUGGUGAUCACGACCUUGUCCACCAUCAGCGUAAUGGUGUCAAAACAUUUGGCGGUAAAGUGAAACGUUCCCGCUCGCACAGCCCACAUGCCACCCCGGGUGAAUUGGCGAGUGCCAAGUUGGUAAUGGCCAUGGAGUCCGGUGAUGUAUUGGUGCGGCGUGCAGCGCGUGGUGCCAAUGUGGAGAGCGUUGAUGACAGCACAUUGGCUGUUGAUGCUGCAGCUGGUGGCAGCGGUAGUGGUAAACGUAACAAAAAUGGCAACAGCAAUAACAACAAUAAGAAGUUAAAUAAGAACUCUGAUGCACCGAAUGGCGGUAGAAAGCAAGAAAAGAAGUUCUCAGCCACAAUUGGUGGCCAGGCACAGCAACAGCAGCAUCACGGUCAUCAUGGCAGCGGUAACGGCAGUGGCAAUGGUAAUGGUAAUGGUAACGGUAACGGUAAUGGCAAAGGCAGACAACGUCAACAGCUUAGAUCACAACAUCAGGGACAUAGCAAACGCGGCGGCAAUAGCGGUAAUGGUAAUGGCAAUGGCAGCAAUUCGGGCUCAAAAGUGCGUAUGGAGAGCGUGGAAAAGACAACAACAUCAGAGAAGACCCAGUCUAGUUGUCGUUACUCGAAAGGCGCUUGGACCGAUUGCGAUCCCAAAACUAAUGUACGCACACGCACUUUGACGCUCAAGAAAGGCGAAUCGACCUGCUUGGCAACCAGAACUAUGCAAAAGAAAUGCAAGAAGCCAUGCCGCUACGAAAAGGGUGCCUGGUCAGAAUGUACUAACGGCCAAAUGACUAGAUUGGAUAAAUUGAAAACAGCAGCCGCAAAAGCCAAUUUGCCUGUUAAUACUGACGCUACCGAUGCCAAUUCGGACUCCAGCUGUGAACCAAUACGCAAAACUACGAAAAGAUGUAAUUCCGGUGGUGCGAAAAUGGCCAACAAAGCAAAUAAGGAACGCAAGCAUAAGGAUAAAGCACAACGCCGAGCUCAACAGGAGCAGGGUCAAUGAGACGAGGACAAAAACCAAGGCGAAG